AUGGCUGCGGCGGACAAGAAUGUAGUUGCUUUGUUAAAUGGCAUUGCACGAAGAGAUUAUUUUGGAGAAUCAGAGAUCACGGACGAAUUUCUUCAUCAGGAACUUUUUGCGGAUCUCGAAGACGAACAGUUUCAAUCAAUGUUGAAGAAAUACGAGACUUUGAUGCGAAAUAUCGUUUCCGCAGACAUGGAUUUUAAUCAGCUCGAAGCUUUUCUUACUUCCCAGAUGAAGCGCAAACAAGGUGCUUUAACUCAGGGACAAGCUGCAGCAUUCUUAAAGUUCUGGAAAUCACAAAAGACAAAGAUACAUGACGUGCUAGUGCAGAAAUCUUCCUGGAAUAACAAAUUGAAAGACAUCAACUGGAGGAUUGAUUUGAAAAGCCAAGCAAGACAUCUUCAACAGAUUAACACUCCUGUAGCAAUUGUAGAAAUGCAAGUGGAAAAAAGGUCCACAGAGAAUAAGGUAAGAUGUCCUUGCUGAUUCUACUGGAGAGAAGUGGGGGUAGCACCGGGGAGGGGGCGGUACUCCCUUUAAUUUACUAUGGGGGCGUGCCAUAGACUUUCAAAAAAGUCCUUUGUCCGGUUUAAUAUGGCGUGGGAUGAAGGACUUUUCAUACUGAUAGGUGCCAGUUUUAGCGACCCAAAAAUGGGUCGCUGUGCUUAGACCAAUCAAAGUAGCUCUUAAAGACCCUUGGGAAUAAAGUUGUCACACUCAAGUAAUUAAGGGCAUUGAAACGUGACUUGCCCAUUAUGAAAGUGAUAAGAAGCCGCAGGAUAUUCCGUGGAAAACAAUCGAAGCAUAUCUUUCAGGGAGAGGUGUUUUUGUGUCUGUAAUGGGUGUGCAAAGAAUGUAGUCUCCGAUAACCCAGGGCUAGUGGAUUUUGCUAUCGGGCUAGUGAAUUAUGUUUUUAACUUACCCGACGGGCAAGUGUUGUUUUUUGAGGAAUUUGAAUGACAGAAGAACUGUGAAAUUAAUUCUGCUUGUCAAAAAGCUUUUAGGGCUAGUUGAAAUGAUGCCUGGGCUAGUAAAUGCUAGCUUCAAGUUGCCCGAAUGGCAAGCUGUAAAAAUGAUUUUCUUGGCACCCUGCUGUUCCAAUCGAGGCUAGUAAAAGGCUGAUUUUUGAGCAGACUCCAUACACUUACAACAGUCUUUUUAGCGAGGAUUGCAAUACCAUCGUUUUGGUGAUUGUUCCACUAAUUUCUCUUACGAUAGAUCAGGUCUCAAAUCUGAAUUCCUGUGGUAUUAGAGCAUCAUACGUAGGAGACGAUUGAUUGAUAAAAGGUGAUUGUUAUACCCUGUUUCAGAGUUAGAGGCAAAAACAUACCCUGUUGAGUGGACAGAGGGUUGCAUUACAAGGUGCAGUUUUUCAAUGCCGCCUCUCCUACACACAGGAAUACUACUACCAAAGUUCAGAGGAAAGGGGAGUGGCCGUGGGGGUUAAAGCUAAAAUUAUUAAUUAUUAUUAUUUUCACUGAGGGAGGUUCUUAGGUAUUGCAAAUCAUGUUGGCAUAAAAUAAGGAAACAGAGGGAAUUCCUCUGGCCCCUUUUAUGUGCUAUCCACUACCCUCAACUCUAUGUCCUUCAGAAAAAGUCUCUUUUUUGCCCCUUAGCAACCUUUAGGGCCCCUGGGAAGGGGAAGGUCACUGCCAUACAUGAAGGACUAUAAUAGGUUUGGUACUUAAGAGGUAGGGUAUAGAAGUCAAGGCCAUCUAGACCAUCAAAAUGGAAAUACUUGAUGUGACACAGACAAUCAGGGUCAUGAUUGCAUUCAUUUGGAUAAAACUCACAUCUUUCUAGAUGGUUGCAACAAUAGUGAAAAAUUGCAAGUGGCCACAUAAAGAUUACUUGCAGAUGAUCAGCGUGAUCAGAUUCUAUCCCAGCAUUCAUUAUUUUUUUCGUGUUCAAUGCACUUGUUGUAGUUCUUUUUUUAUCUUAGGAAAAAUAAAAAUUAUCUGAGAUAAAAAAUUAACUACAACAUACUCAAGUAAAGAAAUAAUAUUAGACUCAGGAAUUUUUGGAGAUACCACAAACUCAGACAAUUGAGGUGAUUAUAUCAUGGAAGCUAAUGAGUCACCCCAAUCAACUCAACUUUUUUUACAACUGCAUUGUAGGGUGUUCAGAACAAUAACAGGGGAACCAGGUCCUCAUGUUUAUUUUUCUUCUUUCAGGAAACAGAUGUUUUUCAGUUUGAAAUGGAUGAAUCUCAGCUGACUAAUGUGCUCUCAAGUAUUGAUGAAAUUGAGAAGAAACUAGCAAGUUAUGCUCAGUGA